AGUCAACUUCUUCAUUCACUCAACUGGACACGCUCAAUAUUAAAGUGAAUAAUGACAGUCCCGGUAUGUGGAACGCUCUCCGUGGUCUGAAUAUCAAGAGUCUGAGUUUGAAUGUUGCGUAUGGAGGUUUAAACGUAAAUUAUGCAGACUCGAUGUCCCAGUCACUUUCAUCGCUCACUCAUCUGGACACGCUCAAUAUUAAAGUGAAUAAUGACAGUCCCGGUCUGUGGGACGCUCUCCGUGGUCUGAAUAUCAAGAGUCUGAGUUUGAAUGUUGCGUAUGGAGGUUUAAACGUAAAUUAUGCAGACUCGAUGUCCCAGUCACUUUCAUCGCUCACUCAACUGGACACGCUCAAUAUUAAAGUGAAUAAUGACAGUCCCGGUCUGUGGGACGCUCUCCGUGGUCUGAAUAUCAAGAGUCUGAGUUUGAAUGUUGCGUAUGGAGGUUUCAACGUAAAUUAUGCAGACUCGAUGUCCCAGUCACUUUCAUCGCUCACUCAACUGGACACGCUCAAUAUUAAAGUGAAUAAUGACAUUCCCGGUCUGUGGGACGCUCUCCGUGGUCUGAAUAUCAAGAGUCUGAGUUUGAAUGUUGCGUAUGGAGGUUUAAACGUAAAUUAUGCAGACUCGAUGUCCCAGUCACUUUCAUCGCUCACUCAACUGGACACGCUCAAUAUUAAAGUGAAUAAUGACAGUCCCGGUCUGUGGGACGCUCUCCGUGGUCUGAAUAUCAAGAGUCUGAGUUUGAAUGUUGCGUAUGGAGGUUUAAACGUAAAUUAUGCAGAAUCGAUAUCCCAGUCACUUUCAUCGCUCACUCAUCUGGACACGCUAAGUAUUAAAGUGGAUGAUGACAGUCCCGGUCUGUGGAAGGCUCUCCAUGGUCUGAAUAUCAAGGGCGUGAGUCUGAGUGGUCAAUAUGGAGGUUUAAACGUAAAUUGUGCAGACUCGAUGUCCCAGUCCCUUUCAUCGCUCACUCAUCUGAACACGCUUAGUAUUGAAGCAAAAGAUUUCAGUUUCGGUCUGUGGGAGGCUAUCCGUGGUCUGAGUAUCAAGAGUCUGAAUCUGAGUGGUAGCUUUGGAUGGUUAAGGGAAAAACAAGCAGACUCGAUGUCCCAGUCACUUUCAUCACUAACUCAUCUGGUCACGCUUAGUAUUAAAGUGAAUAAUGACAGUCUCGGUCUGUGGAAGGCUCUCCAUGAGCUGAAUAUCAAGAGCCUGAAUGUUGGGUAUGGAGGUUUAAACGUAAAAUAUGCAGACUCGAUGUCUGAGUCACUUUCAUCGCUCACUCAACUGGACACGCUUAGUAUUGGAGUGGAUGAUUACAGUCCCUAUCUGUGGCAGGCUCUUUAUGGUCUGAAUAUCAAGAGUCUGAGUCUGAGUGGUCAGUUUGAAGGUUUUAGCGUAAAUUAUGCAGACUCGAUGUCCCAAUCACUUUCAUCACUCACACAUCUGGACACGCUUAGUAUUGGCGUGUAUGAUUACAGUCCCGUUCUGUGGGAGGUUCUCCGUGGUCUGAAUAUAAAGAGUCUGAGUCUGAGUGGUGGGUACAUGUAUAGAGAUUUAAAGGUAAAUUACACAGACUCGAUUUCCCAAUCACUUUCAUCGCUCACUCAUCUGGACACGCUUUGUAUUAAAGUGGAUGAUGACAGUCCCGGUCUGUGGGACGCUCUCCGUGGUCUGAAUAUCAAGAGUCUGAGUUUGAAUGUUGCGUAUGGAGGUUUAAACGUAAAUUAUGCAGACUCGAUGUCCCAGUCACUUUCAUCGCUCACUCAACUGGACACGCUCAAUAUUAAAGUGAAUAAUAACAGUCCCGGUCUGUGGAAGGCUCUCCGUGGUCUGAAUAUCAAGAGUCUGAGUCUGAGUGGUGGGUAUGGAGGUUUAAACAUAGAUUAUGCAGACUCGGUGUCCCUGUCCCUUUCAUCGCUUACUUAUCUGGACAAGCUUAGUAUUGAAGUGAAUCAUGACAGUCCCGGUCUGUGGGCGGCUAUCCGUGGUCUGAAUAUCAAGAGUCUGAGUCUGAGUGUUGAGUUUGUUGGUUUAAACAUAGAUUAUGCAGACUCGAUGUCCCUGUCCCUUUCAUCGCUCACUCAUCUGGACACGCUAAGCAUUUGCACGGAUGGUGAAAGUCCCGGUCUGUGGAAGGCUCUCCAUGGUCUGAAUAUUAAUAGUCUGAGUAUCAGUGACAGACUUUUUACUGUUUGUCAUGCAGAUUCGAUAGCACAGUCACUAUCAUCACUUAAACAGCUUGAAACGCUUUCUAUAUAUUUUUAUUCUAUAUAUUUCGACAUUAAGCUACCACAAUCAUUGAAGCAUUUAAAUAGCUACUGUAUGCAAUUGCUUCCAUCCGAAUUACGCGAACUUGUGGAUGCACUGUCUGCAUGUACUCAGACAAUUGAAAGUAACCUAGACUUUUGUUGUCCGUCUUUGGACGAUUCAACUUUAAAACGAAUUCCACCUGAGGAAUACAUUGUCGUCAAAAAGGAACUAGAGAUGAGGAAAAAUGUUGCAGUGAAGCGAUUCAGAAUAUUAGACCGGAUAAGUCAAACCGAAUCGGAUAUGUUUGAUCCUGAUGCCACAUCUGACUGGUCUGUACGUGACAUGUGUGGUGUCCAUGACGAUAAUCCGGAUGAUGAUACCGUUAAAGAUCAUGCAUAUAAAAUAUUCGUUAACAAUAUUAGUCAUAAAAUCAUUAAUCGAAUUUCAAUGCGUCUUCUGAUUACCCCAUCCUCAAACUCAUUAAUCGUAAAUAAAUUCGGCAGCAGCACCUGAUUAUAAUGAGUACAAUUGUAUUUAUAAAGUCUCGAACAUUUCAAAUAAGAAUGAUAUAUCCCUCUUGGAUAUCAUACGUAGACAGUAAGAAUUGUCAAACAUUAAUUUAACAAGUAUAAAUAAUGUUAAACAUUUUGUGACGUUUUAUUGGUGUGUAAAGGUUAAUGGAACAUGUUUGAUGAAUUACAUGCACUUUUUUUUAAGUAUAUGAGUUCCAAAAC